AUGUCGCAGACCAUAGACACCUCCCAGCUCCAACACCUCGAUAGUAACGCCCGUCAGGACGUGUUGGCGUUCAUCCAGCAGGAGUCUGCCAAGGCAAAGAUCCAGUCGUCGGUCACCCAAUUCACAGACAUGUGUUUCAAGAAAUGCGUCACCAAGAACAUCACCAGCGCAACCUUGGACCGGGAAGAGGAAACUUGUCUUGGCGACUGUCUUAACAGAUUCCUUGACACCAAUAUCAAGGUCGUCCAACUGCUACAACAGUUACAAAAGUAA